AUGAAUAUAUUGGAUUUGUGGCAAAGGGUUGACAAUAGUUUUGCUCCCAUUUCUCACAAACAGUUGAAUUUCAUCAACAAAUUGGACGCAAUCUCUCAUAACAAUCAAUCAAACCAAUCAGACACCGAUCGGCAAACAGUUGUGGCCACAGAUAGCGACCCAUUAGUGCCCGACUUCAGCCAUUUAUACCACUUUGACGACUGGUUUGAAAGCAUUGAAACACAUUUUGUUAAUCAAUACGACUCCCGAUUCAAGUGA